CAGCUUAAGUCAAGUCAGAACGAGGUUUGCUGAAAUGGGGCGGCAGGACGAGAAGGCGCUGGAAGGGGGGAGCGGCGAGCCUGAGGAGGAAGAGGAAGAACUUGUGGAUCCUUUAACUGUUAUUAGAGAAGAAUGUGAAAAGCUAGAAAAAUGUGUGAAAUUCCGUGAAGUGCUUGAUGAGUGUGAGGCUCGAGUGAAUUCCAGAUCCCAUACAGAAGAGACGUGUUCAGAUGAGCUCAUUGACUUUUUGAGAACUAGAGAUCAUUGUGUGGCUGAAAAACUCUUCACCAAGCUGAAAUAAAUGUUCAUAUAAGCAUCUUCCUGCAUACAUGAUGGAAACCUGAGUAUGUUCUGUUUCAACUGAUAUGCUGCUCCUCAUCUGUGGUUUUAGAAAAAUAGAACAAGUUCGUCUGUAAUAAUGCAGUUAUCAGGAUCGGUGUUUUGUGGAAGAUUUACAACUGCUAACGGAGUAACUGUACAUUCACAUAUUAAAUCUAUUUCCUGCCAAACAUGAA